AUGUUUCUUGGACCACAAUCGCUGUUAUUGCGCCCACCUUUAUCUCCGCUCAAGAAAAAAUUUCCCAACAAGGAUUCUUCUAGCUUCUUUCAAUGUCAUCAAUCCCCUCCUUCCGCCAGCGAUUCUGUCGAUCGCAAACUUGUCCCUAAUCCCAUGGAUGAACGCGUCGAAUUAUUCCGUGAAUACUUCGGCUUUCUCCUGCUUGCUGGAUUGUUUAUUAUCCUGAUUCUGAAUUAUCGGUGUGUUUUGAACUUCUGCUCCUUCCGGAAUGUCACGACACAACUAAGGAAACUGCGCCGAUAUCUGUGUGGAAGACCGACAAGAGGUCAACAACAGAGGCUGUUAGAGGAAGAUGGAGAGGAUAUGGAGGGGCGGCCACCUCAACAACCUCGAGGAAUUGUUAUAGAAACGGUACAUACGAGUCUUACUUAUCGGCUUGUGAGACAGUUUAUUCAAUGUCAACAGAGACGCUGA